CCCCUAUUUGAGAAAAAGAAACAUCUUCGUUCCUAGUCAAGAAAGAAUAUUCGCGAUGAAGAUCUGAUCGUCCGAAUUUUACAAUAUCAAAGCACCGUGUCCCUCGAUGAAACGCGUGAAUAAAUCAUGAGUAGACUUUAGAAAUUCGCCAGUUUUUAAGUUUGUGGAAAAAAAUUUGAAGGAUUCGAAAAGCAUUAACGGAAUUUUUAACAAUCACAGUCACACUUACCAAAAGUAAACAAUCCAUCGAUCACACACGGGACGCCGGCUUCUUUGUUAUGUUUAUGGAAUCGAAACUUCGCUGGCAUACCUAAAGUGAAAUAGAAUAAUAAACUAUCAACGCGUAAUUUAAACAAAAGAUCCAACCUCGAGAACGAAAUCUGCAAUAAUGCAGGGCACUAUUAUCGAAAAUCUAAGCGGCAAGAAGCUGUCCGUUCUUGUAUCGUUCCUGAUAAUCGGCCAGAUUAUUUGCUUCCUGAUUGGCGGUUUGAUAGCUCCGACACCGGCAAGCAGUCAAAAUAUUCUCGGAACGCCGUGCGAAGACAUUAGAGUAAACGGUUCAGAACCAGGCGGAGGAAAAUGGUUUUAUCCCCGUGGAAAAGGAGCCUGUAUUUCAGUGGACAAAGGCGGCUUCGAUUUGGAUGAUCAUUAUCUAGCUCAUCAAGUCGUUUACGCAUUUCAGAUGCCGAUACCGCGGAAUAACAGGCAGCUAGAUUACUCGAGAUGGCAACAAAACUUGAUAGGCGUCUUACAAGUCGACAUUAUGUAUCACAGCCAGAUGGAAAUUGUUCCGGGAACAAAGAUUACCUUAGAUGCAAAGUUGGCUUAUCGAAACAAGGGCGACCCUGACUAUGCUUGGAAGCCGUACGCAUUCUCUAUAGAGGAGCGUUCAUUGGAUUGCACAAUCGAUCUUAAAACGGACGAUUAUAUAUACAAUUGUAGCGUUGUGCCUCUGUUUGAGCUGGGGUCGUUGUUCCAUGACUAUUAUCUCCUCAACGUUCGCUUGCCUGCCGACACAGACAGAAAUAUCAACCAAGGCUUGGGCCAUGUGACCGAUUUAUGGCUUACGGUCAUAAAUCAGAACGGAGGAUUCACAAAAGUAUGGGUCAGCUUGAAGACAAUUUUCUUUCCAAUAAUAGUGUGCGUUCUUGCAUGGUAUUGGAGAAGAGUUCACAUGCUUUCGAGAUCUCCCGCUCUAUUGGAAUACAUGUUGUUGGUGCUUGGUUCUGCGCUGACGUUUUUGAACAUGCCACUAGAGUAUUUGACCCUUGCCUACGACAUGCCGUUCAUGCUUCUACUCGGAGACAUUAGACAAGGAGUAUUUUACGCCACUCUUCUGUCGUUUUGGCUCAUUUUUGCUGGCGAACACUUGAUGGUCCAGGACGGCGACCAGCGCAACUCUCUUAAAUGUUAUUGGCGUCAUCUUUCGGCAGUGGGUGUAGGUUGCCUCUCUUUAUUUGUGUUCGACAUGUGCGAACGGGGAAUACAAUUGAGGAAUCCGUUUUAUUCGAUUUGGGUAACAGACAUCGGAACAAAGCUGGCUUUAUCGUUUAUCAUACUCGCUGGGAUUUCCGCUGGGGUUUAUUUGAUGUUUUUGACUUACAUGAUAUGGAAAGUCUUCACGAAUAUUAGCAUAAAGCGUGCUACUCUACCCAGCAUGAGCGCAGCCAGGCGUUUACAUUACGAAGGAGUUAUUUACCGCUUCAAAUUCCUCAUGAUAGCUACUCUGUUGUGCGCAACUUUAACAGUUGUUGGAUUUAUUCUCGGACAGAUGGCUGAAGGCCAAUGGAAAUGGGACGAGGAUUUGGAGCUGGAAAUGACUUCGGCUUUCUUUACCGGCGUUUAUGGAAUGUGGAAUAAUUACAUCCUGGCACUUUUAGUCCUCUACGCACCAUCGCAUAAGCAAUGGCCAAUCGAAACAUCCGACAGUAUUAGCGAGGAGAUAGAAUUCUCUCGACUACCGACGGACCCUAACGAGAUGUUGUCUCUGACGGCAUUUGCCGGUAAAACAGCGGUCGAGUAGAGAAACAGCGUUGCGCUAAGUUUAACAAUUUUAAUUCAUAUCUUUAUUAAUUAUCCGAGAACAAAAGAUUUAAUUAAUUUACCUGAGUUCUUCCAGGUUUAUUUCAUUGACUGUGACUCUAAUCUCUGUAUUACUAAUUUUGCGGAAAACCAAUUUCUCAAUAGCAUACUUUUUCGACGUUGAAAAUUAUGCCCAAGAUUCAUACAGUUUUCUGUUUCGAUACUAUACGCAUACACUGAUUAGUUAGAUUGAUAUAAGCGAUAAUAUUCCUCCACUGUCGAUAUAGCAAUAGUAUUUAUUAAAAAUAGUCGUGAUAAUUGUCUAAUUAGUAGGGAAUAUAUAUUCAAGUAGAAACACUUACGAGGUCUGAAUGAUAAAAAGACAAUUGUUAAAAACUUUACAGAAUCUCAUUUUUUCUCUAACUGCGAAAUUCGUUGUUUUUUUUUCUUUCAUUUUUCUUCCGUUUGUUACCUUUUUUUUACCUUGAGACUUUAAAUCAUGGAAAAGUAAAAUAGACCGAUAAGUUCAUUAGGCUUGAUACUUAAGAUUUUUGAGAAAGCCAUUUGUGUCUUUACUUUUUAUACAUCUCAGUAUUAUUGGGCAUUUAUUAUCAUUACUUAAUUAUCGACCUCGACUAAGUAAAAUGCAUUUAUCCAGAAAUGUAGACUUAAUAUAUAUGUCAGUAUUCAAAGUUCGUUUGUAAGUCAAGUAUCGCGGCUGAUCUGCUUAAUGUUAUCUAAGUUUUUACUUAUAUUUCUCGUUUAUUUUGUGAUUCCUCUUUUUUAUUAAUCACACCUUAGGCCCUGCAAUUGAGGUAUCUUAGAGAUUCCUAAAUUUAUUUUUUCUUCUAUUCUUAUUUCGUAAAAUUAGGCAAUUUAGAGCCAAGCAGCUGUAUUUUAAAUAAUUUUUUAACGAUUAACAUUUUCAUUUGUCAAUAUACCAAUUAAGGUCACGUUUGAUGUUCCUUUACUUUAAUAUGCUAAAAUUAUUACUAAUGGUAUCUAAAUAUGUGUUAGCUUUUAGCACGACAAAAUGUAAUAACACAGAUAUCAUAAUUCCUUCUGUUUGGAAUAAUGUAUAACUAGCGUUAGUGAUUAUCGUGAAAUAGUAUGAUCAUCGCUCAGAACAUACACGUAUAAAAAUUUUUUAUAAAUUUAACUACAACUUUUAUAUGUUCAUAUCUUUAGAAUAAAAGUAUUAAUGAACCAUUA